AUGAAGUUUUGGAUGGUUGUGUCCUUAUUUACUUUGGCUUUAGCCAAACAUGAGAGAUAUGCUGGCUGGAGGUCAUACUACGUAACACCAGCCACAAAAGAACAACUAGCAACGUUGGGCUCCUUGGAGAGCAAAUUAGAUGUGGACAUCUUCGUUAGACCAAGGGUUGAUCGCGAAGGUAUGGUCCUGGUGAAACCUCAAUAUCUAAAUGAAUUUAUCACGGCUAUGGAAGAGGAAGGAAUUCCAUACAGCUUACAUACCGAGGACGUAAAAGCUCGUUUAGAAGUUGACGAUGAACAAAUAGAAGCCAGACAUACCGAAUUCAGAAGUAAAAGUACAACUGAGAAACCUUACGACAACUAUGUCCGUCUAGAAGCAAUUUACAAUUACACAGAUGGGAUUGCUGCAAAGUAUCCCAACCUUGUUACUUCAGUGACAGGUGGAAACUCCUUCGAAGGUAGACCGAUCAAGUACUUAAAAAUUUCAUCAAGCAACUUCCAAAAUAGAUCGAAGUCCAUAAUCAUGGUAGAAGCAACUAUUCAUGCUCGAGAAUGGAUAGUUCCUCCAGCAGCUACUUACGCGAUACACAAGUUGGUUGAAAAUUUGACUGAUCCAGAACUACUUGAAAACUUUGAUUGGAUUAUAUUACCUGUAUCAAAUCCUGAUGGAUACCAAUACUCUCACACUAAUGAAAGGUUCUGGCGUAAAACUCGUUCCACUGACCAGAGCUCUUUAAGCCAAUUGUGUCCCGGAGUUGACGGAAAUCGUAACUAUGACAUUCACUGGAGUACCGUGGGCACUAGCAAUAAUCCCUGCACAGAAACUUACGGAGGAUCUAAAGCGUUUUCUGAAGUCGAGACAAGAAUAGUUAGAGACAUCCUCAAUGAAUACUUGGAUAGAUUGACUCUAUUCAUAACUCUCCACAGCUACGGCAGCAUGAUCUUGUACCCUUGGGGUCACGACGGUAGCUUAUCGCCAAAUGCUUUUGGUUUACAUACCGUCGGAGUCACCAUGGCUGAAGCAAUCCAGAAAAAAUCUUUACCAAAUUUCCCAACUUAUAAAGUUGGCAAUUCUUUAUUAGUGAUUGGUUACGGUGCUUCGGGAGCCGGUGAAGAUUAUGCACAUUCCAUUGGAGUUCCUCUAGCCUAUACUUAUGAAUUACCAGGUCUAUCAAGAGGUUUACAAGGCUUCCACUUAGAUCCUAAAUAUGUCAGACAAGUUGCAGAAGAAACCUGGGAGGGCAUUGCUGCUGGAGCUAAACAUGCGAGGGAGAUAGUAAAUAGGAAAUUAUAA